AUGGUUCGAAUCAAGCCUCCUCAACCUGCUGUGCCCUCUUUAGACGGUGUCAUCGUCAGCUUCGCCUCUUACACCCCCAGCGCACACCCUGAACUCUCGAACAAGAGUGUUGCGCAACUGAAGACUGACAUCUCCAACUGUGGCGGUUUCUACACACCGAGGCCGGGAGAGUGUACACACCUCAUCACCACUCACGUUCAAUUUGGCAAGAAGCUUGAUCGUAUCACCCAGGCUCAAAAGAAUCCUGACACUCUCAUCGUCUCUUACGAGUGGCUCGCAGCGUCUCUAGCUUCGAGCGCUCCGGUAGACGUCGAACAAUAUCUUCUGGAGAGCUCGCCUGCAGAUGAUGACGAUACAGUGAAUGGUAACGGUGCGCAAGCCUCUCAGAAGACAGCUGCCAGGUCGUCAAAGCGCUCACGGAAAGAUGACGACGACGAGGAUAACCCGGUACCGACAAAGAAAUCCAAGCCUGCCAAAGCAGCUCAAUCACCGAUCCCCACAGCACCCAAGGCGAUUGAAGUUCCAGUGGAUCAGUUCGUCUCCUCCGCUCACAACUAUGCUGUGCAUGUGGACGACAGCGGCGUGAUAUACGAUGCCACUCUGAACAAGUCUGACGCAAAAGUGAACAACAACAAGUUCUAUAGAGUUCAGCUCUUGAGACAAUCCACUCGUUUCUACACUUGGACACGCUGGGGUCGUGUGGGUGAGGGCGGCCAGAGCAAGAUGCUAGGUGACGGCACCCUUGACGACGCUCUUUCGUAUUUUCGGAUCAAAUUCAAAGAGAAGGCCGGUCUUACGUGGGAAAAUAGGGAUGCGCCGUCUCGGAAGGGCAAGUAUGCAUAUCUUGAAAUCAACUACGCAGAGUCGGAGGACGAAGUUGAGAAACAACCCGUGGAAGCGAGCCGGAAAGGUGAAGUUGCUGUGAGAGAAAAGGUCUUUGCCGCGAGCAAACUCAUGCCACCGGUCCAACGCCUGAUGGAGCUCAUCUUCAACAUGCAGUAUUUCAAAAAUACCAUGGCCGACUUUGACUACGAUGCCAAUAAGAUGCCUCUUGGGAAGUUGAGCAAGAAGACUCUACUCAAGGGGUAUGAAGUCCUGAAAGAGCUGGCCUUGCUCGUGGCCGACCCAUCUGUUGCCACCGGUAUGGGAGAAGAAGCGUUCCAAGCUGUCCUGGACCGAAGCAAUCGGUACUUCUCACUUGUUCCGCAUGUCGUUGGCCGCCGUCAGUUACCCGUUCUCAAGAAUAUGGAUUCCAUUAAGAGAGAAAUUCAACUCCUCGAGACGUUGACAGACAUGCAACUGGCCAACGAGAUUAUGCAGUCCGCUGCAAUCGAGGAACAUAGGACUCUCCAUAUGCUGGAUCGACAAUACCAAGGACUGGGCAUGAAAGAGAUGAUUCCUUUGGAUCAGGACAGUCAAGAAUUCACCGAGAUCUUUAACUACCUGAACCUGUCGACUGGCAGCACCCAUGCCGUUAGAUACGGGGUGCAGGAUAUCUUCCGCAUCGAGCGCGACGGCGAAAGUGACCGACUCGACAACUCUCAAUACGCGUAUCUCGGGCCAAGGAGUGACCGCCGCUUGCUCUGGCAUGGAUCCCGUGUCACCAACUUUGGUGGCAUCCUCAGCCAAGGCUUGCGCAUUGCACCACCAGAAGCCCCUGUAUCAGGGUACAUGUUUGGCAAAGGCGUGUAUCUUGCAGAUAUGAGCUCAAAGAGCGCUGGCUAUUGUGCAACAUACAACAGUGCGGGAACUGGGUUACUCCUGCUUUGCGAGGCUGAACUGGGAAACCCCUCUCUCAAACUCACGCAAGCCGAUUACAAUGCCGAGGAUCGUGCCAAGUUGUAUGGCCACCUUUCCACCUGGGGUGUUGGUCGAACCAGCCCUCGUGUGUGGAAGGAUGCUAGCUGCGUGCAUCCGAGCCUGAAAGGAGUGAAAAUGCCUGAUGUUGUCAAUUAUCCGCCCAGUCCAACUAACGAGCCUUGUGCACAACUUUUGUACAACGAAUACAUCGUCUACGAUGUGGCUCAGAUCCGACUACGAUACCUUUUGCGAGUCACCAUAAAUUGA